AUGCCUUUGGAAGCGGAAGAUAUGACGUAUGACGAUUUGAAGGAAGUAACCGAAGGAUUAACAUUACGCAGCAUUCCUGCUAGUGUUUCUCCUGAGCUACCCAGAGGUUCUUUUGAAUGGGAUGCCUUCCCGAAGGAUGAUUUCAACACAUCGGAGUCCCCAAUGGUCCAUUUCUAUGACAUCAUCUUUGGGUAUGAAAAUGCGAUUGACUUUGAUGCCUUGGGAAAAGCGUACAAGAAUGCUUGCGACAGACAUGACCUACAGCUACUACCAGAUCCCUUCGGCCUCAAGAAGCAAGCCGGCGGCGGCCCUGUAGACAGAGAAACCGGGAGAGCGAAGAUGGCGGAAAAUGAGGACCACCGGCUGCGAAUUCCGGUGGUUUGCCUCCAUGGCCAGCUUUGGCUUGCGGCAGGAUAUGAGGUGCAGGUUUUGGACUCGAAGAGCCUGGCUUGCACGGCGGACGGAUCAGAGGAUUGGCCCUUUGUUCAUCGACAGCUAAUACGACUUUUGGACGGGCAGGUCGGUGCUAGCGAACUCGCAGUGGAAUUAGACCGGGUUGCGGACUCUUUCUCUGGGAGGGUUACCGACGGCAAGGACGUGGACUUCUAUUCUGACUGUAUCCCUGGGCGCUUUUCCUUGGAACUCCUUUUGCUGCUGACUCAUCCAGGAUCAUUUGAUGGUGUUUGGAAGGAAGGGGGUCUUCUUGACCGCAACUGGAAGAUUUUCAGAUGGCCCACCCUGGUUCGCACUGGGUGGCCAGUCUUUCGUUUGCUGCGACUCCUUCAAAAGCGCGCACAGGUACAAGCCGGUGCGGAUGCUUUUCCACACUGCCAGGAUGAUUUUGCAUCUACGCUGAGCAAUGUGCGCCAUCGACAAGUUGAUCAGGCAAUUUUGGGUGCAAGUGUGUCCUUCCUCUCCAACUCAUCCGGAUGUCAACUCUCGGCUGCUGCUGCUUGUUUGGUUGGAGCUUGGGUUCGAUUCCCAGUGUAUGAUGAGGAGACAGAGGACUUGCUUUGCUUGGCAGAGCAGCUGAUCCAGAAUAUGAGUCUCGCACGCAUUCUGGUUACAGAACACGGACUUCUUGACAUGCUGGACGAUGUGGCUGGCUCCUAUCAGGCAUUUCUCAUUGAUUCUGGAGCUCUCUAUGUCGAUCUGAGAGCGAAAGAAGAGGAGUCAGAGGGCGUGAUCGACUACACUCGCCACAUGAUGGCGACGAAUGAAAAAACGAAUGACGAGGUUGGGGAAUGUACCGUGGAAGAGCAGACACCGCUGGGACGCUGCAAUGCCUUUGCAGCUUUGGGCACAGCAUUGAUACCGUGGCAAAAGCAAGGCGUUGCCCAAGAGGACACCAUACGAGCUCUACGUGCAACAGUGCGAAGUGCCGAACAGGAGCACUUUUUGCCUCAUGCUAUGCUUUUCCGCCUGGUCGAGCAUGAUGCAACAAGUGGUGAGCUGCGGCUACUGGCCCCAGAAGAGGUGAUCGCAGACUUUCAACCGCUGGUGGAUUGUUUGGCCGAUAUCUUUGUUCAAGUUUUAUCCGCCGUCGGAGUUGUUGGGCUGAGGCUUGAAUUUGUCGUGAGCCUUUGGGACACGCCCAUUCUUUGGAGAUCAGGGACCUGGAUGAGCCGAAUUGGCCGCCGAGAGGACGUGCCUCCGCCAGUCUUCAGCUUUUGCAAGAGUGACAAUGCCACCUGGGACGUGCCACUUCCGGAUGUUUGUCAACCAUACCGCCAGCCUUGCAACAAGGUGCAAUCUAUGUCUGAGGAGGAACAACAGUGCUACAUCUUUCGAUUGCUGAGUGCAUAUUCAGAGCUGCUUCGUUAUGUUCCUCCAGGACAUGCUUCGGAAGAACAGGCCAUGACUGCUGAUGAUCUGAGCAUGGUGGCAGGGGUUUCAGUCGUGAGAAGGUGGCGUAUUCAAACUGACCCUGAGCUGGAAGACUUCGUCUCCCGGUGUGCGAGGCUUAUUGAUGGAGCCGCUGAAUAA